AUGGCAAUGCGUCAAAGUCAGCUGACUCAGUGAAAAAAAUUCAACCUGUCGGUGUUUUUCUUUAGUGUUUUCAGUGUUGUAUUUUCUUACUUUUCUCCCUUCCGCGGAAUGCAAAUAACAUGAAAAUCUGUUAGUUUUCCGCGGUAAAUGUUGUAGUGUUUUGAGUGAUUGUGCGCCAUGAUCCAGGAUGGAAACCAAGAAGGAUAUCUACAAUCUCUGGAUUCAGUACACAACAAAGAACGAUGAGGUGUUCUUUCGGCAAUUUAUCCGUGGAUUUGUGGCCAUUUGGCGGGAACAGCUUCACCUGGAGCUGGAGUCUAUGCCAUCUCCGUCAGAGAUUAAGCCUGACUCUGGGCCACAUAUCAAAAGGCUGCCAGAGGAGCUACUGCCGGCUAUUCAGAAGUUCCUCAUAAUUGCCAAGAGCGAUGGCGAGAAGAGAAUCCUGCAAGAUGAUGAAAUCUCCGACACUACACUUCUCUUUGAGUGUCUGACCAUCAUUUGUCGUCACUUUGAUAAUAUUGCCCAAGUGGCGAGGUCGAAUUUCGUGUCUGUGGGCGUGGAGAUUGUUUCAGGGGUCCUCAAGUGGUCAAAGAGGGAAGGGUAUGAGUUAGUUAGGGGCGUCCGGAUGUUAGUUAAAACCUUCAGUGGGUUUCUGGAGGUGAUUUUUGAUCCUUUCCUCACAUGGAGGCACUUUGUCAAUACAGAUCUCUAUGAGAUCUCCCAUCAUCCCAAUAUCCAGCUCAAUUCUGAGAUCAUCCCCUUUAUCUAUGGAUGCUUUGAGGAUGGAACGCUCACGAGUGAUUCCCUGAAUAUUCUCGGUGGAGUCAUUGGGGGCUCUCAAGCCAAUGCCCAGAGGGCUGUUUGUCCGGCCACAGUGAAGAUUAUUGUGAGCCUGAUCUCGAGCUGGGAAUGCGAAAUGAACCUCCGGAGAGUAGCUCUGAAGUGUUUCAAUUUGAUGGUUAUUGUCCUGCUCAAAGCCACUCCUGAGACCAGGCAAAUUGAACUGACCACAGUCAUGCAGCACUACCAUGAAUCCAUUGUGCUCCUCCUCAAGACCAAACACUUCCUCCGGAAGUCUCAGGGGGAAGUCUUUGAGAUCACUGAUGAAGGAGAUUCCCCAAUUGAUGUUUCUGCCCUGUAUGCCUUGAUAGACAAUCUCCGGAGCUUGCUCCAGGAGCCCACUGUCCGGGUAAAUGUCUGCAAAAUCAUGAUAGACAACAAUAUCCUCAAUAUCCUGAUUGGUGUGCCAAAUAUCAUUGAGGCCUGGGAUGUGGACAGGCAGGGCUUGAUGGUGACCUGUGUGAGAGUCCUGCGGCACAUUUGCUGGGCAUCUCAGCACAGAGUCACCAAAAUGGCCACGGAAAAACUCUUCCGGGGCCUCCGGCUCAACGGGAAGCCCUCACGGGAUCUCGUAGCUGAGCUGAUUGACUUCACAGAAGCCCUCAAUGAUGAGCUCUUUAUCAAUUGCAACGUCAUGCGGGAGAUAAUCGCAUGGCUGGGAGAUUUCGGGGAGAAGGAACAGCAAUUCGCUGUGAAACUCCUCCUAGACAUUUGCACAAAGAACACCACGAGGAAGAUCCUGGCCUGUGAGAACCGGACCAUCGAGGGGAUUUGCGAAAGCCUAAGGAGAUUCCAAAGACUCUCUCCGGAAGCAAUUUCCGACAUGAUCCGGAUGAUUGAGGAAUUGGGAAAGUACACAAUUCACCCGGUGGAAGUGAAGAAGAUUUUCCAUCUCCUCCGGGAGGAUCUCAAAUUCCCCCAGAGAUUCGAUCUCCUCGAGGCAAUGCUCAACAUCUCAGUCCACUGCGCCGGGAAUCAAUCAGACACCAGAUACUUCUGGAAUAUCCAGAAAAAUGACGAAGGGAUCACUGUGCAGGACGUGGAAGCGUGGUCAGUGACAAAUCCACCCAAUGGAUUUGUCUUCCACGCCACCAUUAAUCUCGAAAGGCUCCAGGGUGAUUCUGGUCAGAAUAAUCCCGGAGAACUCAAUGCCAAGGCCUAUCGGAGAUUUUUGCUGUGUCUACUGAGUAGCCAGGGAACGGGCUUUGAGAUUUUUGUCAAUCAUUCAGGAGCUCUCACUCUAGCAGCGCUCACGAAGAAGGAAUACCACACGGUGACGUCAAAUGAGGCUAGACUCUGCGAUGGCCAGUGGCACUCAGUGAUAGUUUCCGUUGUGCCAUCCAAGAGGCCCUUCUCCUACUUCCAGAUCACCAUGUACCGGGAUCAGGAGAUUCUCCUCAGUACAUCCCUGAAAAUUGGCAAUCACCAUGAAAAAUUCACAUUCUGCACCAUUGGAGCCCCAGUAAGUCAGCUCCAGGAGACUCCAGUUCCGGAACUCGAAGAUUCCCGUGAUAACAGCAACACCAUGAAGGGACUCUUCCCUUCGCUCUUUGAAAAAGCACGCACCCAAGCUCCCAAUUACUUCACUCUGCCCCUCAAGGGCUUCUCAUCGCAAGAUCCAACGACCAAGUGCAUAGCCCUGGGACUCCAGGAAAGUGUCUUUGGGAGUCAGAUCUGCCUCCGGGGUCAAAUGGGAUGUGCCCUUCUGGCAGAAUCUGGCUACCAUCUCAAAAAUAUCCUGGAAGCUGGACCAAAAGUUACCUCAAUCUUCUCCCAGGAGAGUGAAACUACCGAUGCAGCCACUUCCAAAGUGGUCUUCUGCUUCUCCCCAUCUGCAUGCUGUGAUAGUGUCUGCGUGGAUUUAUCCCUGGGGAAGAAGUACACAGGACACACUGUGGCCAAAUUCCACCAUGUGAUAGCAAUCCAAAGUGCUGUCAGAAGCAUUGGAGGAAUUGAAAACUUCCUGCCGCUUCUGGAGUGCUUCAGGGAGUCCCAGGACUGGAUUUCCGAAGAAACUGAUCGAGCCUCGACUGAAUCUCCCGGAGAUGCAAAAAACCUCAAGAAUCCCAUUGCCUAUCUCUUGAUUCUCAUGCGCUACUACGUCACCAGCGACAGCCUCCAGGACAAUUUUGAGAAUAUCGCCCUGGCAGGAUCCAUGGUGACUCAAUGUGACCCUACCCUCCUCGACGUUCACGUUCUCGUGGCCCUGCAGAUUCUCAUUGAAACAGUGCAGCAAAAGCACGAUGGGGACAGUGUGCCAAUUCUCGAUGCCCUCUACGAGCAUUUGCUGUUCAACUUCAGGAUCUGGUCCAGGGCUUCGUUUCAGAUCAUCAUAGGGCAUACGCAGUACCUUCAGACACUCGUCAAGACCAAACGGAAAUACCUGAGGAAAAAGUAUGGAAUCCAAUUUAUUCUCGAUACAAUCCGAUUGUACUUUAUCACACCGAAUAACAUUCCGUUGGACGAUGCAAAGUCCAUUCGAAUAGCUCUUCUGGACAUUGUAAAGUACUACAUUCAGAAGGAGAUUAGUAUUAAGGAGGUGGAUAUAUUUGUGAAUUUCCUGGCCACGGGGAAGAAUGAGGAGGUUCUGAUUGAAGUUUUGGAACUUUUGACGAAUCAUAUGGAGGCAAAUUGCAAAGAUCAGAUUUUUUUGUUGAUCCUGGAGCCACAGACAGCUGAAUUGCUGUACUGUAUGCUCCUGGAGAGGACGUUCUCGGUGAACCUCCAUAGUGCUGUACUUAAAUUGAUUUGGUGCCUUUUGACGACAAAAUGGGUCUCGCAGAGGCACAAAAGUUACCUGACCUUGCAGAAUAAGUCAGUCAAGGGGCAGAGUCUCUAUCCGGGAUUCCUCACGUACAUUUUGUCCGUGAGGCUUGAAGAUGAAAUUCUGCUGAGUCUGGCAGAACAGAUGCUCUCGAGUAAUUCUGAAUCUGGAUACUGUGGCAUUGUGUACUUAAUAAAUAAUCUUCAGUAUCGGGAUUUGAGCCUGAAGCUGGAGAUUAGCAAGAAGCUCAUCACGACGGUCUUCACGAAGCAAAAUUCACCAAGUCUCAUUGCCCAGCAAACGGCCUGGCAGCAGGCUUUUAUGAAGCUUCUCGUGAAGAAGUCUAUCAAAAUGGAUAUGGGCAGUUCCGAGGUGGACUUUAUCAGUUUCGACGAUAAGACUCCUGUGGAGAAUCGAGAGAUUAACUUCGAUGAGAAUUUCUCUCUGUCAGAAGCCGUAGAUGCCAUGGAACACUUUGAAAAUGAUGACUUGAGCCUUCAUUCAACCAGUACAGUCAGCGAUAUCCAUUCCCUGGCUUCUCCAACCCUCUCAGCCAGAGUUCCAUCGGAUCCUCCCUCCACAGUGGGCACAGUGCUCCCGGACAUGGAGAGUACAGUGAGUGAGGAUGAACAGCUAGUGUACAAUAUCACAAAUAUUGUUUUCACAAUUCUCUGGCGCGGCAUUCCCGACAAAAAGCAAUCGUCAAAGGCAGAAGGAGAAAUAAUAGCAGCAGUGAAUUUCCUAGCUCUCACAAAUGAGCUCUUCUGCUCCCAUCUGAUCCUCCGGCUGAGACUUCUGGAAAUGACUGUUCAGGCAUGCCUCAUUGAAAUUGGCGAGGGAGGCACGCAAAAUCUCGUCCAUCAGGAAUACUGUGCUCAAGUUCUGCGAAUGGUUUAUGAUUUGGUGGUGCUCGAUCAGAACAAGGAAGACCUCAAGAAGUGCUCAACGAAACUUCUCGAUGGUGUUUUGGCUCUGCUCGAUGCUCUCAUGGUGUUCCAGAGGAAUCCAGUUGAUGACUGGAUGGAGCUGAAGAGAGUAAGCCUAGGAUUGCUGCUACAGUGCUCUCACAGUUCAGAUCCGGCUAUUGUGGCUAUGGCUACAGCAAAGCUUCACUACAUCCUCCAAUGUAGACACCCCAAAGAUGCAGAGGAAGUGGCUUAUCUGGUCUUUAGGCUCAACAGUGCUCUUGAAAAUGCCAUAGACGUGGGGAAUUCAGAGGAAUAUUCCUUCCUGAUUCCCGUGAUGAAAGCCCUGUUGGAAAAAUCAGAGCAGAUACUGAUGCUAUCUGUCAAUGUUCCGGACCUACCUCCCCUGACGUCUGGUCCGGUCUUUUUCCACGACUUUCAGAUGUUCGUGGGUCAUAAGCAAUGGAGGAGUUUCAUCAAAAAGAGGAUAGAACCACUCCAUGAUGCGUAUCAAAAGGAAAUUGAAGUGACUCUGUGUGAACCGUUGAACACCUUUUGGGCGGAAUGCUAUGAAUCUUGCAAGACAACUGGUAAAUUAUGCAAAGAGAUUGAAAUGGAAAGUCGUAGUAAAUUUCAGGAAAAAAUUAUUUUGCCUUGGAGAUAUCGACAGACUGAGGAGAUUCAUCGGCAAAAUGCCCUGACGACGGGACAGAAAGCUGAAGAAAUGAGAUGUGAUCGUCUCUAUAGGCAAUUCAGAAGAAGUCUCUAUGGAUCUCGUGGUCCUUGGUGCCAAAGUGUGGUCAAGCAGGACUACUGGAAGUUGCUCAAUAGGGAAAAUCUCAGUCGAAUGAGGAUGAAACUGGAGCCAAAUCUCUAUCACAAUCCUCACACAAUGGCAGCUAGUUUGAGGGAUAACACCACGCUUGAUGAAGAUAGAAGACUUUCAGCGGAUUUUGGUCCAGCAAUUAUUCCAUCAGCAACUCCUCUAGAUAUCACCGAUGAAGAGGGAUUUGUGGUACUUGAAGAAGACUUGAGAUUCUCUCAGGAAGUGUCCAUAAUGGAGGAUUCGCAGAGUCAGGAAGUUGAUCGGGAGAAGAUUAUUGUGAGUUAUGAGUGUGAAUUGAUAGUGUUGAUGUCUAGGAUCAAAGGGAAAUUGGAGAUUAGUGCAAAUACCAUAGCUUUUGUGGAUCAGUCUCAGUCUCAGCAGCAAGACAUGAAGCAUGACUUUCGCUUCUCCCUUGCUCUACUCCGGGAACUCCAUCUGAGAAAGUACAAUCUCAGGCGAAGUGCUCUAGAGAUGUUUCUCGUGGAUCAGAGGAGUUUCUUUGUCAAUCUCACCACAAAGACAAGGAACAAGGUAUUUUCGAAGAUUCUCGGUUUGCAACCACCAAAUAUUCAGUAUGGAUCAGGAAGGACUCCAAGUGAGCUGCUAAAAGCUUCUGGACUGACACAAAAAUGGGUGAACAGGGAGAUUAGCAAUUUUGACUACCUCAUGCAUCUCAAUACAAUUGCCGGAAGGACUCACAAUGAUUUGAGUCAGUAUCCCAUUUUCCCAUGGAUUUUGGCUGACUAUACGAGUGAAAUUCUAGAUCUCACAGAUCCCAAUUCCUUCAGGGAUCUGUCCAAGCCAAUUGGUGUGGUAAAUCCGAAGAAUGAAGCUGAGGUUAGGAAUAAGUAUGAGAACUUUGAAGAUCCUUCUGGGGUGAUUCCAAAGUUCCACUAUGGGACACAUUACUCGAAUUCUGCCUAUGUUCUCCACUAUCUUCUGCGCCUGGAGCCCUUUACAACUCUCCAUGUUGAACUGCAGAGUGGAAGAUUCGAUGUGGCUGACCGGCAAUUUCAUUCAAUAGCCCAAACAUGGCAGCAAUUGAUGGAUACGCCGAGUGAUGUGAAAGAACUAAUUCCGGAAUUUUUCUACAUGCCUGAUUUCCUCCGGAAUAUCAAUGGACUGGAUUUGGGAGAAUUGCAGACGACCAAAGAGAAAAUUACUGAUGUUAUUCUGCCUCCAUGGGCUCAGAGUCCGGAAAGCUUCAUAGCUAUCCAUCGCAGAGCCCUGGAAUCGGAUUAUGUGUCUGCAAAUCUCCAUAAGUGGAUCGAUUUGGUGUUUGGGCACAAGCAGAAGGGCAAGGCAGCCAUUGAGGCCCUCAAUGUCUUCUACUACUGCUCCUACGAGGGUGCUGUGGAUCUGGAUAAGUUCUCAGACCCGAAGGAGCGUGAAGCUAUUGAGGGAAUGAUCAAUAAUUUCGGCCAGACGCCAUCGCAGCUCCUCAGGGAAGCUCAUCCACGACGACUGACAGCUGAUGAGUGCCUCAUUCGAUUGCUACGGAAUGAGCUGAAACGCCCGGCGGAAUUCACGAAUUACCUGGACAGAGUGUCAAAUGUCUACUGUGAAUUGUCUACAGAGAAAGAUCCUGUGGUUUACUUGAGUAUUCCGAGGACACCACAGAGAUCCUUCUUGCAGACAGGACCUGAUGUUCUGAUCUCUGUCACUCGAUCGGGUGUCCUCUCGACUCACACCUGGAUCCCGUAUGACAAAGAAAAGUGCUUUAUCUUUGGCACAGACUCCGCUAAGACGCGCAAAGUCCUCUCGGCAGCCUUUCAUCCGGCCGUAAGGUUGUCCGGGAAGCUUUUUGCGCUGAAUGUGGAGGGAAAACUCCUGUACACAGGAGGAGUAUGGGAUUGCAGCCUGAAGGUGUUCAGUGUCCACAAAGGACGAGCUGUGGCAUCUGUGGUUGCCCAUUCGGAUGUCAUCACUUGCUUGGCCAUUGAUUCAAGCGGGAUGCAUCUGGUCACGGGUUCGAGGGACUGUACGUGUGUUCUCUGGUCAAUUUCCAACACAAAUCUCACACAGAACUCCGUAGGAUUGGUGGCUCUGACAGUUUCAGGAAGUGCAGCAGCGUCUCCGAGUGGAGCUGCUGGUCCUGCGAGUCUCCUGGCUCCGCAGCCUCUGAAAUCAUUGCAUGGGCAUGAGAGUGCAAUUUCGGCAGUGGCUAUCAUGACGGAAUUUGAUACUGUGGCCUCUGGAUCAUUGGAUGGCACUGUGAAUCUCUACAGCAUCGAGAGUGGCCAGUUGAUUCGGACAGUCAGCCCAAUUGGAUGUACUGGAGUCAACAUUGAGAUAUCCUUCGUGAUAAUCUCGUAUCAGGGUCAUGUGGCUUUCUCGGCUCUCGAUGACACUUCCUACUCCGUCCAUGCUUUCACAGUUAAUGGGAUCCACGUGGGAUCCAAGUAUGUUUCGGGUCGAGUGACCAGCCUGGCUACAAUCAAUGAUCUGCUCGUGGUGUCUGAUGAUGCUGGAGACAUCACCAUCAGUCGCCUCAAUGGCCUCAAGCCCUUCUUUGACAUUUCUCUGCACAUUCCAAUUGAGUCACUGGUUGUGGUGCCAGGAAAUAGUCAUCUCCUGGCACCACUGCGAGAUGGCAAUUUGGCUGUUGUGGGUGUCAUCCUGCCCAGUGCUACGUCAUCUACCUCAUCGUCCGGAAGGAAGCACUCCAUUCUCACAGUCUAAAUAGCCCUUCUCUGACAGAAGAAAAUCAAAAGUCCCUCCUUGUCUUUACCUAAAAUUCUUUUAUUUCACAUUUUAUUCUCUUGGUGCUGGUGUCAGUGUUUUUUAUUUUACGAGCUAACGACGAAUAUUCUAGAGGAACUUCUCUCUGUCCCAAAUGGGGGCAGGAGGGAGACUCCUCGCUGGGAAAAUAAUUAUACAUAAAAUCUGUAGACUAUUCAGAGAGAAUUUAACACAAGACUAAAAUUUAGAAUUGAUUAAAAUAAGAUUAAAAAGUCACGAAGAA